ACCAUCCAAACAGUGAAACGGAGGCGAACGUGCGACCACCGGCGACCUGAAGAUCGAUUGCCGCCGAUGGCCGGCGGGAGGAAGCGGGAUUGGAUACGGAAGAAGAUGACGGCGGCGGCCGGUGGCGGGUCGCUGCUGCGCGUUCGCGCGCUGACCACGGCGCUGCGGCGGCAGAGGAGACGGCUGCCGCGCGUCCACCUCCUCCGGCUAUUGUACGAGAGCGUGGUGUUCCGGCUGCUGUGGGUGAUCGAGUCCCUCGUCGUCCUCGCCAGGCUCUGCUUCUUCUUCCUCCGCUUCGGAUUCCGGCUGUAAAUACUAAAUAACCAAGGCUGUGUUUUGUUUAUUUAACGGUAAUAAUCGAGCCGCGUGUUCAUGUGCCGUCUCUUGACAUCUUCUUUGGUUUGCAUCAAAAAGUUGUAAAUAAUUCACUAGUUCAGCAAUUGAUCUACUCUACACUCAAAAAAAAAAAAAAAAACAAUUGAUCUACUCUGGCUUCCUACGGAAGUUGUGUUACUGGCUAUUUUAGAUCAGGAUAUUUUCCUUUCUAUACAAGUCACGGCUGAAAA